ACAAACGUGUCCGCGCGACGACGAGUUUGUUCGCGCUCCGGCAGAACUAGUAGCAGCAUUCGUGUGCAUUCGUGCGCGAACCGGUCGAGCCAACGGACACUCUGACGCUGUUACUGUUCCCUAAUCAUUUAUCUCUGAAUCCCCAGCCUUCUUCUGCAAAGAAAAACCAAUCAAAUAUCGCCAAGCACUCGAUCGUCGUGAUAAAUUCGCACAUUCGUACAGCAGCCACUGUAGGCAGGCAGAGCUGUGUGCUUUCAGCAGGCAGGAACGAAGGGGUUUAAGGGAGCCGGCUCUAACUGUGGACUCCCCCAGUGGUGUUUCUAUUGGAAUCUCUGUGUGCAGUUUUGCGGAGCAUCUGCUAUUGCCGGUGCAUCAAGGCGUUGAUUGCGUCGACAGUAGCAAGAGAAGGAGGUUGUCUCGCCGGGCAGUACUCGGCAGCAGCACUUUGACCAGACAGUCAUUUUAAGGUCGGCAAGUAUGAGCUACGGCGAGCCGUGGUCGCUUCCGGCGAAGCAGGGUCUCUACGAUCCGACGCUCGAGAAGGAUGCCUGCGGCGUUGGCUUCAUCGUCGCCAUCGACGGCAAGCGCUCUCACAAGAUCGUUCGCGAUGCGGAAACGCUGUCGGCGCGCAUGCAUCACAGGGGUGCUUGUGCCUGCGACAACGACACGGGCGACGGUGCCGGCGUACUCUGCGCCAUACCGCACCAGUACUACGCCGACGAACUUCGAGAGCAGCAGAAAAUCGAGCUGCCAGAGUUCGGACGCUACGCCACUGGAAUACUAUUCCUGGACAAGCAUACCCACAAGGAAUCGGAGAUAGCUUUCGAGAAACUUGCCAAGGAAUGCAACUUGCGAGUAAUCUGCUGGCGCGUCGUACCGACGGACAACUCUCACUUGGGCCAAGUGGCGAAGAAAUGCGAGCCGUACAUGCGUCAGGUGUUCGUGACCGGCGAUCAAGAAGUCGAAGCCUUGAACCGCCAGGUGUUUGUAUUGCGAAAGAAGUCCUCGCACCGCAUACCCAAGCCCGGCUUGAGGUACUACAUUUGUUCUCUGUCCUUGAAGACCAUCGUCUACAAGGGACAACUCACUGCUGAUCAAUUAUGGGCUUACUUCACCGACUUGAAGUCGCCAAAAUUCGAAACUUACCUGGCACUGGUGCACACGCGCUUUUCCACCAAUACCUUCCCAAGCUGGGAGAGAGCUCAUCCAUUACGAAUGCUGGCUCACAAUGGCGAGAUCAAUACUUUGCGGGGUAACGUGAAUUUUAUGAAGGCCCGCGAGGGCGUGAUGAAGAGCAGUGUAUUUGGUGAUCAACUGAAACAGCUCUACCCCGUGGUGGAGCCCAAUCUUUCCGACUCUGGUUCGGCCGAUUGCGUGCUCGAGUUUCUCGUCAUGGCCGGUCAACGUUCAUUACCCGAGGCUGUGAUGACAAUGGUACCAGAAGCAUGGCAGAAUGACUUGACAAUGGCUACGGAGAAACGAGAUUUUUAUCACUGGGCAGCGUGCGCGAUGGAGCCGUGGGACGGACCAGCGCUUCUUACCUUCACCGACGGCCGCUACAUCGGUGCUAUACUCGACAGAAAUGGCCUGCGCCCAUCGCGCUUCUACGUCACUAAGGAUAACAUGAUGGUGAUGGCGUCCGAAGUGGGCGUCUAUGACACUCCGCCCAGCAAUGUUGUCCUCAAGAGCCGCUUGAAGCCUGGAAGAAUGUUAUUGGUUGACACCGAAGAAAAGCAAAUCAUCCAGGACGUGGAGUUAAAAUUGAAAAUUGCCCGCAGCCGGCCUCACUCCUUGUGGCUGAAAAAUCAGAUAACCAUGAAUGAGUUGCGUGAAGCUUAUGCGGCAACUGAAAACAACAGUGCGCAAAAUAACAUUGAAAACGGCACCGCCAACGCUUUAGUGCCUAAGAACGGAGUUUCAAAAAACGGCAUCUCUGCAGUUAACCGCGUUUGGGGUGGUGAUAAACGCAUCGCUCUGUUUGGAUAUACACUUGAAACCAUUAACCUACUUCUAUUGCCGAUGAUCAAGACCAAAAAAGAAGCUCUAGGUUCUAUGGGUAAUGAUGCACCUUUGGCAUGCCUUUCCGAGUUCCAGCCGCUUUUAUAUGAAUAUUUUAAACAACUUUUUGCACAAGUAACUAAUCCUCCAAUCGAUCCAUUCAGAGAAAAAAUCGUAAUGUCACUUUUAUGUCCGAUUGGUCCAGAAAGUAACAUUUUAGAACCCAAUGAAUUGUUUGUCCAUCGUUUAUUUUUAGACCAACCAAUUUUAUCCCUGCAUGAUAUUGAAGUUAUUAAAAAUACAAACUACCGUGGCUGGCAGGCCCAGGUAGUUGACUGCACCUAUCCCAAGUCUGAAGGUCCUAACGGCUUACUAAAGACUUUGGAUAGAGUUUGCCAUGAAGCCAAUGCCGCCGCUAGGGCAGGCUACCAUUUAAUUGUUUUGUCUGAUCGCCAAGCUGGUCCGGAAAGAGUUCCUGUGAGCAUUUUAAUGGCACUCGGAGCUACUCAUCACUAUUUAAUUGAAGAAAGACAACGUAUGAAAGUUGGAAUUAUUUUAGAAACUGGUGAAGCUCGCGAAGUCCACCAUAUGUGUGUUUUACUUGGCUAUGGAGCAGACGGCAUUUGUCCGUACUUGGUAUUUGAAAUGGCCAAGAAUUUAAGAGCUGACUAUGUGUUAGAUGAUUCAAUGGCUGAUGAAGUCAUUUUCAAGUGUUACGCUGAAGCUAUGGAACGUGGUAUUGCCAAAGUGAUGGCCAAGAUGGGAAUUUCAACUCUGCAGUCUUAUAAAGGAGCUCAAAUCUUUGAAGCAGUCGGGCUAUCUGAUGAAGUUAUAGAAAAGUGCUUUAGAGGGACGCAUUCUCGAAUUGGCGGUGUGAACUUUGAUACUUUGGCAAGAGAAGGCUUCGCCCGACAUCGUAUGACUUACUGGGACGACAGUUUCGAUACUGUGGUUAUAAAUAAUCCUGGAGUCUACCACUGGCGAGCUGGCGGAGAAAAACACAUCAACGAUCCUCGUAGCAUUGCUAGUCUUCAAGAGUACGUCAACUCGAAAAGCUGGAGUGCUUAUGAAACCUAUCGCAAGACGUCCAUGGAAGUUGUCCAAGCCUGCACACUUCGUGGUCAACUCGAAUUCGUUAAAGACUGCACUCCGGUCGAUGUAUCCCUCGUGGAGCCUGCUGCAGAAAUUGUUAAACGCUUUGCAACUGGUGCGAUGAGUUUCGGUAGUAUUUCCUUAGAAGCCCAUCAGACUCUAGCUAUUGCCAUGAAUAGGAUUGGCGGCAAAUCUAAUACUGGAGAGGGUGGUGAAAAUGCUGAUAGGUAUCUCAAUCAAGACCCACAGUUCAACAGGCGAUCAGCCAUUAAGCAAGUAGCUAGUGGUCGGUUUGGAGUAACUGCAAGUUACCUUGCCAAUGCUGACGAUUUGCAGAUUAAAAUGGCUCAAGGAGCUAAGCCCGGAGAAGGUGGCGAAUUACCGGGAUACAAGGUAACAGCAGACAUUGCCUCGACUAGGCAUUCUGUACCAGGAGUUGGUUUGAUUUCUCCGCCACCUCAUCACGACAUUUACUCCAUCGAGGAUUUAGCUGAAUUGAUUUACGACUUGAAGUGCGCAAAUCCUAAUGCAAGAAUAUCUGUGAAACUUGUAUCGGAAGUUGGUGUUGGCGUUGUGGCAUCUGGUGUAGCCAAGGGUAAAGGCGAACACGUCGUUAUAUCUGGACACGAUGGUGGCACCGGAGCAAGUAGCUGGACUGGUAUUAAAUCUGCAGGACUUCCAUGGGAAUUGGGAAUCGCUGAAACUCAUCAAAUUCUCACAUUGAAUAACCUUCGUUCUCGGAUGAUUGUUCAAGCUGACGGACAGAUGCGUACUGGCUUCGACAUUGUAGUUGCAGCUUUAUUGGGUGCCGAUGAAUUCGGUCUCAGUACAGCUCCUCUUAUUGCCAUGGGAUGCACGAUGAUGCGGAAAUGUCACCUCAACACUUGUCCCGUUGGCAUCGCUACUCAAGAUCCAUUUUUGCGAAAAAAGUUUAGUGGCUCUCCUGAACACGUUAUCAAUUUCUUCUUUGCUUUGGCAGAAGAUGUGCGUGCUAUUAUGGCUUCAUUCGGGAUCACCAAGUUCCAGGAUCUUAUUGGUCGCACUGAUUUACUUAAAGUUCGAGAAAAUAUUACUUUAGAAAAAGCCAAGAUGCUUGAUUUGUCCAUGGUUCUACGCAAUGCCUUAGAGUUGAGACCUGGAGUAAAUAUCAGAGGUGGCACUAUUAAACAAGACUUUCAACUGGAACAAAGAGCUGAUAACAUUUUAAUCGAAAAGGCAACUUUUGUACUUAAUGGCCAGGAGAAAAACGUGACAAUCGAAAUGAAUAUCAACAACGAAACUAGAGCGUUUGGCUCAACUUUGAGUUACCACAUUGCCAAAAAAUUCGGAGAAGACGGUCUCCCUAAACACAGUAUCAACAUCAAUCUUAAGGGGUCUGCAGGUCAGAGUUUCUGUGCCUUCUUGCCGAAUGGAGUUCACGUUACUUUGGAGGGCGAUGCCAAUGACUACGUUGGAAAGGGUCUUUGUGGUGGAGAAAUUGUCAUCUACCCGCCCAAAGAGUCAGAGUUCAAUUCCGAGGCGAACGUGAUCGUAGGUAACGUUUGCAUGUAUGGUGCUACUUCAGGCCGUGCCUACUUCCGUGGUAUUGCUGCUGAAAGGUUCUGUGUGAGGAACAGCGGAGCGGUGGUCGUCGUUGAAGGCGUUGGUGAUCAUGGCUGUGAAUACAUGACUGGUGGCUGUGCCCUAAUUUUGGGACUGACUGGUAGAAAUUUUGCCGCAGGAAUGUCUGGCGGUAUUGCUUAUGUUCUCGACGUCGAUGGCUCGUUUAAAAGCAAAUGCAAUCCAGAAAUGGUCGAACUACUGCCACUUAAUGGUAAAAAAGAUGUAGAUUACGUGCAAGAGUUGUUGGAGGAGUUUGUAGAAAAAACUGGAUCUUUGAUUGGCAAAGAGUUGCUUGACAUUUGGCCAGAACCCACCAAUCGAAUCUUCAAGGUAUUUCCGUAUGAAUAUCAGAGAGCUUUAAAGCAAUUAGAAGAAGAACAAGCACUGAAAGAUGAAGAAAAACUCAAAGAAAAGCAGUCAAACGAGAUUGUUGCCGUAUCAAAUGGUCAGUCAGAAGCUGUGAUAGAUAUAGAAGAUGUUGUUGCCGAUGCUGACAUCGCACAAAAGAAACUUGAUAAAAUUAAGGGCUUUAUGAAAUACAAACGGCAGACUGGAAUGUAUAGACAAGUCGAUAAACGAGUCGAAGACUGGGAUGAAAUUUACAACUUUCAAGGAGUACGAAAAGGGCUAAAAGUCCAAGCUGCUAGGUGCAUGGAGUGUGGUGUUCCAUUCUGCCAAAGCAGCCACGGCUGUCCUCUCGGAAAUAUCAUUCCAAAGUGGAACGAUCUUGUUUUCCAAGAUAAUUGGAAGGAGGCGCUCAACCAGCUACUUCAGACCAAUAAUUUUCCAGAAUUUACAGGAAGAGUUUGCCCAGCACCUUGCGAAGGAUCUUGUGUUCUAGGCAUUUCUGAGCCUGCAGUCACAAUAAAAAAUAUUGAGUGUGCAAUUAUUGAUCAUGCCUUUGAACAAGGAUGGAUUGUCCCUCACCCACCAAUCAAUAGAACAGGUAAAUCAGUUGCUGUGAUUGGCUCAGGCCCUGCGGGUCUUGCCGCUGCUCAUCAAUUAAACAAAGUCGGACACUUGGUCACGGUAUACGAGAGAAACGACAGAGUUGGUGGACUUCUGCAGUACGGCAUACCGACAAUGAAACUUUCAAAGGAAGUCGUACAGAGGCGAGUUAAUCUGCUGAUUCAAGAGGGCAUUACUUUUAAGACAGGCGUUAAUGUUGGAAAAGAUGUAUCAGCAAAAGAACUGCACGAGCAAUACGAUGCCGUUUUAAUCUGUACUGGAGCAACUUGGCCAAGAGAUCUACCUAUUCCUGGUAGGCAACUGCAAGGAAUUCAUUUUGCCGUUACCUUUUUGGAGCAUUGGCAGAAAAAACAGAUGGGAAAUAAGGAUCCGCUAAAGCCAGAAUUGAUGGCCAAAAAUAAAGAUGUUAUUAUUAUUGGUGGUGGAGAUACCGGUUGUGAUUGUAUAGCUACGUCUUUGCGACAGGGAGCUAAAUCCAUUGUUACAUUCGAAAUUUUGCCUGAACCACCAAAGAAUAGGGCAGACGAUAAUCCUUGGCCACAGUUUCCAAGAAUAUUUAAAAUGGACUAUGGUCACGAAGAAGUUGUUCACAAAUUUGGCCAAGAUCCUCGAAAGUUUAGCACUCUGAGCAAGGAGUUUCUUGACGAUGGAAAAGGCAAUGUGACUGGUAUCAAAACGGUCAAUGUUGAGUGGACAAAGGAUAAUGCUGGCCGAUGGAAAAUGGAUGAAGUUCCUAAUUCUGAUAAGGUAUAUAAAUGUGAUUUAGUUUUGCUUGCAAUGGGUUUCUUGGGUCCUGAAAAGUACAUGGCUGAAGAGUUGGAAACAAAAAUGGAUGCACGUGGAAACUAUGAAACCCCUGUUGGCAAGUACAUAACCAGUGUACCUGGAGUAUACGCAGCUGGAGAUUGCCGUCGGGGUCAAUCGCUUGUCGUGUGGGCUAUAACCGAAGGUAGGCAGGCGGCUCGCGAUGUUGACUUGGCCUUAAUGAAGCAAACCUGUCUCCCUGUUAUCGGAGGUGUUAUGAUUCCUGCUGCUAUUAAUGGACAUUAAAAACUAUUCUUCCAAUUUUAUGGAUUAGAUUUUGCAUACACGCACUACAAUGUUUUUUGGAUCCCACUCUAAGGAGGACAGUUUUUGAAAUAUAUAACUAUUUCGUUUUGCGCAGCUACGAGAUCUGAUUAUACAGAAUUUGAGAAUUAAUUAGUCGAGAUAGAAAUAUAAUUUAUUUUAAAUAAAUUUUAUUUCCCAGGUCACUUUUGGUAUCGAUAUGAAUGACAUACCGAUUAGUGCGUGCAUAUUAAUUUCUAUAAUUACGCGGAAAUACUUAGGACCUAUCAUGGUCUAUCUUGAAGCAGUAUCGUGAUUGCUUUAAAAUAUAUUUAUAAAACUUUUAAAUUGCUAACCGCUACGCAACGAUUUCAAUUAGUUCAUAACUGUAUUGCAUAUUAAGCAAUAUACAAUGCUUCUAAACUGCAAGAUUCGCAAAAUUUACGAUCGCUUCAGACGGUCAGACGCUUUGCAUUCCUCAAAAUAUAUGUUUUUGUGAAGCACAGUCGGUAGUCGAAAAGUCUACUUUUUGGAAGAUUACAAUUAAAUAUGAGGUCCUAUAUCUUUACACGUCCGUCUGAGUAAUAGGAAUUUUCAAUUUAUUCAACGGAAAUGUCGACUUAACAUAAAGAAAGGCUGGUGAAAUGUGCGUCCAUGCGUUGUUAAACAUAUAUAGUAAGCUGCAUGUUUGUUGAUAAUAUUAUACUAUUAAACGUCAAACGAUAGCUUGAAAAACUAUAUACAUUGUUCGCAAUGAGUUUGAGACGCGUUGCUGCUACGAGAAUGAUACUUCUACACUCUGGAUUGAAUAAUUUUUAUUUAAAUGAGACGUCCUUUUGCGUGAAUUGAAAAUGGUCAAUUACCUCUCUACGCCUUGAAUCCCACCAAUCAUAGUAUUGUUUAAGCGAUAAUAUUGUGCAGAGAGGCUGGAACUGCCGGCUCGUGAGAUAUACGUCAGUACGAUUUGUUCUUUUUUGUUAUUUUCAUAGUUCUAUUAUUCUUAGUUGUAAGAAACGUAUGAAUUAACGUAAUUUUACAUUAAUAUACACUAAUUUAUUUAUCAACAAUUGUAGUAUCAAAAGCACGUAAAAUUUAUUUUUCAUUAACCUUCAAAUUCUAUACGAACAAGUUUUUUCAGUCGACAGUUGUUUUUUUAAUAUUGUCAUUUGUAAUAAUAUUGUGAAUUUACUUGCAUAAAUAAUAUAAAAACUAUCAAGACAAUAAAAUUAUAUUAAAUGU